ACAACCCGGCCCGCGGGGCCGGCGCCAGCGGGCUGCUGAGGUGGCUGUCCCCCGCUCGGAGCGGCGGCUUCCCGGGUCGAGCCCCUGAUGGAGGCCGGGGCCCCAGACGGCCCCUCGGGCGGGGUCGAGGAGGCGCUCAGCUGCUUCUCUUUCAACCAGGACUGCACAUCCCUCGCGAUUGGAACCAAAUCUGGUUAUAAGCUGUUUUCUUUGAGUUCUGUGGAGCAGCUUGACCACGUCCAUGGAAGCAAUGACAUCCCCGACGUCUGCAUCGUGGAGCGCCUCUUCUCCAGCAGCCUCGUGGUGGUCGUGAGCCGCACGAAGCCUCGCCAGAUGAACGUGUACCACUUCAAGAAGGGCACGGAGAUCUGCAGCUACGGCUACUCCAGUAACGUCUUGUCCGUCAGGCUGAACCGGCAGAGGCUGCUCGUUUGCCUGGAGGAGUCCAUUUACAUUCACAACAUUAAGGACAUGAAGCUUUUGAAGACCAUCCUGGAUAUUCCUCCAAACCCGACAGGUCUGUGUGCCCUGUCCAUCAACCAUUCCAAUUCCUACGUGGCCUAUCCUGGGAGCCGGACGACAGGCGAGAUCGUGCUCUACGACGGACACGCCCUGAAGACAGUCUGCACCAUUGCUGCCCACGAGGGGGCGCUGGCCGCCAUUGCCUUCAACGCCUCGGGCUCCAGACUGGCCAGCGCCUCGGAGAAAGGCACUGUCAUCCGGGUGUUCUCGGUUCCCGAUGGGCAGAAGCUCUAUGAGUUUCGGAGAGGCAUGAAAAGGUACGUGACGAUCAGCUCUCUGGCUUUCAGCAUGGACUCGCAACUCCUCUGUGCUUCAAGCAACACGGAGACUGUACACAUCUUCAAGCUGGAGCACCUCGCCAACAGCCAACCAGAGGAGCCCUCGACCUGGACCAGCUACGUGGGAAAGAUGUUCAUGGCUGCGACCAACUACCUCCCCACCCAGGUGUCCGACAUGAUGAACCAGGACAGGGCCUUUGCCACCGGGCGCCUGGGCUUCUCUGGGCACAGGAACAUCUGCACCCUCUCUACGAUCCAGAAGCUGCCGAGGCUCCUGGUGGCAUCAUCCAGUGGACACCUUUACAUCUACAACUUGGACCCUCAGGAUGGAGGAGACUGCGUCUUAAUCAAGACCCACAGCUUGCUUGGCUCAGGAACUGCCGACGAGAAUAAAGAAAAUGACCUCAGACCUUCAUUACCUCAGUCUUAUGCAGCAACUGUAGCCAGACCAAGCCCAUCUGCAGCCUCCACGGUGCCAGAUAAUCUUGUGCCGCGGCGAUCAGAAGGGCAAAACGAAGCAGUCCUGAUGAGCAGCAAGACCGCCCCCGCCAGGCGGUUUUGGAGACGCCGGGGAAGGCGGACGCGAGGCGUGCGGUUGUGUGAGCAGAACGGGGGGUCAGGAACCCGGGACGCGGCUCGCUGCCCAGCAGGCUCUUCUCAGCCCCGGUGGCCGGUGGGCGCGGGAGCUGCUGCGAACCCACGUCCUGCCGUUGUCGCAAGUGUGUCCCAGCCAGAGCGUCCACGUGGACGAACCAUCUUGGUCUAUAACCCUAAUUUUAUAUUACAAAGAGCAUCCUUUCGAAAGCGUAUGCUGCGUAAAAAUGUACUUACAGGAGAAUCCCUCUGGACGGUAUUUCUUGUAUAUGACAUAGAGAGGCUAUUUUAGCCAGGCAAAAGGUUUUUGCAGUGAUUGGAAUAAAUCAUUUAUGACCUUUCAGUCCCAUUUAGGACACUGAUAAUAAAACCAUGGCAAUCUC